CAAGAAUUUAAAAUGAUGAAAAUACAUCUAAUUACCAGCCACAUUAUUCUUCCAACAACACAUCUCUACGGUUAUAAAUACCCUUCCAUUUUUUCCACUCAAGCCUCAAUAUCACUCCAAGAACCUUGUAAUCUAUUUUCUACACCCAAGGAAAAAAAAAAAAAAAAAACCUGAAGUCUUAAUUUCUGGAAGCGAUGGCCAAGGAUGUAGGAAUGGUGGAAGCAAGUUCUUUCAACACGAAAGAUUACCAAGAUCCACCACCAUCCCCAUUGUUCGAUUUCGAAGAGCUCACCAAAUGGUCUUUCUACAGAGCUCUAAUUGCUGAAUUCGUAGCAACCUUUCUCUUCCUUUACAUCCUUGUGUUGACCAUCAUCGGCUACCAAACUCAGACACAUCCUACUCCGACUACCACCGACCCUUGUGCCGGAGUUGGCCUCCUCGGAAUUGCAUGGGCUGCCGGUGGCAUGAUCUUCGUUCUUGUCUAUUGCACCGCUGGUAUUUCUGGUGGUCACAUUAAUCCGGCAGUGACGUUGGGGCUAUUUUUGGCAAGGAAAGUGUCACUGAUCCGGGCAGUGAUGUAUAUGGUGGUUCAGUGUUUAGGAGCCAUUGCUGGUGUCGGAAUGGUGAAGGGCUUCCAGAAGUCUCACUUCAACCACUUCGGCGGCGGCGCAAAUCGUCUACAACUCGGCUACAGCAAAGGCGUCGGUUUGGGUGCUGAAAUCAUCGGAACAUUCGUUCUUGUCUACACCGUUUUCUCCGCCACCGAUCCCAAGAGGAAUGCCAGAGAUUCCCAUAUCCCUGUGUUGGCCCCUCUUCCAAUUGGAUUUGCGGUGUUCAUGGUUCACUUGGCCACCAUCCCAAUCACGGGUACAGGCAUUAAUCCCGCCAGAUCUCUUGGAGCUGCUGUUAUCUUCAACCAGGAUGCUUCCUGGGACGACCAAGUAUGUCUAAAUUAAGUUGAUCUAGUCUUUCUUAAUAAAUCGUGUUUUUGUUUCUUCAUUUUCAAUCUGACAUUAAUUGCACUUGACAAUAAAUGUAUUAGUACGAUUAGACUAACUAUUUCAACUACUUUGUGUUGGUGUGUUGUUGUUUUUUCUUGGGUUAUUUCCAGUGGAUUUUCUGGGUAGGACCCUUCAUUGGUGCGGGAAUUGCAGCUUUCUACCACCAGUUUAUAUUAAGGGCUGGCGCAGUUAAGGCUUUCAGUUCCUUCAGGAGCAACUGAACAUGUUAUGUUAUGGUGCAGCUGUUUUUCACGUUUGGAAUGAAAUAGUAAGAGGGAGAAAUUGUAACGUUAGAGUUUCCGGGGGAAAAAGAUGUUAGCAUGAUGUUGUUCCGAUUUUCAGUUCACCUGUAUUAAAGAUUAUUCUACCGUUCUUCUACCUAGUUAACUAGUAUAUAUUGUUUCGUAUAAUCCAUGUCCAUUGGUGUAUUGUUUUUAACUACAAAUUUGAAGGAUUAUUAUUUACUUCUCAUACCCCUUUAAGAAAUGGAUUUUUUUUCAUUUGAUAGCUAGGCAACUCCCAC